AUGAAUGGCCAAGUUGGUAGCGGCAAUUAUGCCAUCAGACGCAUGCACGGAGGAAAUGCUUAUGGAAAUGAAGAUGAGGACGGAGAGAAGAGGCAGAAUAGGAAAAAUACAACUCACAGAAGGAUAAAAUGGUAUAAACUGAAGGAAAAUGAUUUCCAACAAGAGUUCGAAGACCGAAUACUAAGAGAGCUGAGCCACGAUAUGGUAGAUGUGAACACCUGGUGGAAUGAUGCGAAAGACGAGGUGAAUGCUGCACAAAAGAGGAUGAAGAAUGGAAAAGCUAUGGGACCCGAUGGCAUACCAGUGGAAGUAUGGAAAGCUUUGGGAGAAGAAGUUGACAUCUUGCAUGGAUUGAUGAAAGCAAUAAUGGAAAGGGAAGCAAUACCAGAAAAGUGGAAAUACCAAUCUUCAAAGAGAAAGGAGAUAUUCAGAGUUGUAAGAACUCCUGGGCAACUAGGUUUUAUGAAAGGGAUCGGAACAGUUGACGGUAUCUUUUCUCUCAGGCAAACCACGGAGAAAUACCAGGAGAAGCGAAGAGUGCUGCAUUUGGUCUUCAUCGACAGAAAGCUUAUGGGCGAGUGCCACGCCAAGAAGUCUGGAGAGGGUUACGAGGGCGAGGAGUACAAGAAAAAUGUGUAA